CGCUAGUCUUCUCUCCGUCCCAUCGCGCGUUGUCCGAGGAGGCCAUGCUAAAACGCGCCCCGUUCUCCUAGCGCGUGUUCGGUGAGUCGGUGCGUUUUCGCGAGGGAUGCUAACUAUCGAACCAAAUGUGUUGGGCACGUGCGUCCAAGUGUUUUACAGUUCGCAGAAGAGUUUCAGCAAAAGUGCUAUGGCGGCCCUGAACAAGCUGCUGUAAGUGUCGUCGAGGUUACCCCAUUUCAGCCGUUUUGGAGUGUGAUUUGUUCCAUGUGAAUUAUCCGUGUUCCUACGUUUUUACCUGGAUUUACCGCCCCUGGAAAAGUUAUGAAAUUAAUCAAGGUGCUGAUCUCCGUUCUCCUUUUCUGCGCCGCGGUGAUCUAUCCGUGUGAAUCACGCGACGCCACAGCCGAUUUCCAAGACGAUGCCCACAGUCACUCCCCGACCAACCACGAGAGGCAGUCCAGGGCGUCUGGGCUCGCGCACCCUCAGCGAUACUCGUCCAGCUACAGGAUGAGGAGGGUAGACGCCCCGUCAGAUACCAACUCGAGUCACCUGACGGUGGUGCAUGACAUUCGGUCGAUUCUGGAGAGGAGUCGGGUCCUAGGAGCGCAGCUGGGCGACUGGCUCGAGAACACAGGUUUCCUCCCGGUCACCAUCAACAUCCCCGAUGUCCUCGCCGGGCUGUACAGCUGGUUCCCGAACAACGCCGCCGGCUCCACGCCCCGGAAAUUGAUCAAGAUGCUCUCCAAGAUGUACAAGGAGAUCACCACCAACUCUGACCUCAAGGACGAGCUCAAGGUCAUCUCCGAGCACGCCUCGGAGUUCGAGUCCGGCUUCAAGACCUUCUGGGAUGCCAUCGACUUCUCCGAGGAGUUCGAGGCUAUCGUUAAGUACAUCUCCAAAUAAGGCCGCUAUCGGGUCAGAUGAUUCUUUACCGGAAUGGCUCAGUUGAGCCGUCAAAUGAUUGAGAUUUCUACAGCAUAAACAUGAUAAGAACCGUCCGAUUGCCUAGUUUUUUUACGGCCAGUAUUAACGGAGAUAUCGCCCUCAAAAAAACGCGGUGUACGACGUCCCCCACUGCGGUUGUAUACCUUGGUUUCUUCCACGUUGGAUUCAUUAAUUGAUGGUACAGAUUUUGUACCGGUUACUCAAUUGAAUGACUUGAAUGGAGGUGAUAGAAAUCGUGGUAGGCGUCACCGUGGUGGAUGACGUCAUACGCCGUGUUUUUGAAAAGGGAUAUCUCCGUCAAUACCGGACCUAGGAACUUGAUGUUUGGACGGAUUUAAGCACUAUUUGCUGAUCUAUUAUCUAAAAUCAUCAGACUACGAUUCUGCGACUAGCGUCACUGACCCAUUGAAUGGUCGUGCGUACAAAAGGAGGUGUCUUUCUUGAGUGAGAUUCAGCUUCAUUGACUUUUUGUCAUUGUACAUACCAUGUAAAAAAAAUUGUAAUCAUAUAAUUAUGUCUAUAAUAUUGCUGGUGGUAUGAUUCAUAUUUUUUCCACCGAUGGUGUUGUCAGAGCAUCAACUUUUCUGCAUUUCUACCUCAUUUUCCAAUUUGAGUUAGUUUUCAUUUUGUAUUAGAUUUGCAUCACUAUCUGUCACAUUAGCAGUGUAAACUUCUGGCGGCAAAGGUGAAUUUUAGUAUUUUCUACUCUGACGAAUAUGCCUGCUGUAAACCAUUUGCUGCUCUUCGCGUGGAAGAACCAGAAAGGAAAAUAAAACCUCCUUCAAAUACCAUGAACUGCAGUCCAUACAGGAUGCAUUCAUCGGACGCUGAAGAUAUUAUUUAUUAAUAAACUGUAGAAUUAGUAAAUAUUUAGAAGGACAAAAAUUACUUUGUAGUAAAGUUUGAACGGAGUUUCAGUCAUUUAAGUGUCUGCGUAGCCAAAUUACCUAUAAUUUUAAUUCUAAGUAUGAGUCGUUGCUCAAUUUCUAAUUCCUUGUAUUCUUAUUUAUUUAUUUAUUAAUUUAUAACUCAUAUCACUCUGUAUAUUUUUUACAUAUUACGCAUACCUACUUUUGUAAAAUUUACGACUUUCCUGGUGAAUUCGCAUAACUCAUCGAUUAACUUUGAUGUGUGUUGUAUCACUAAAAAUUGAAGGGGACUUUUCACUUGAGCGAUAAAUUUGCCAGCUUAUAAAAGUAAUCGAAGUCAGGAGAAGAACAAUGUGUAUUUAAAUGUCAUGUAUCUCUUAACGUUUGCCUAUCUCUAUGAUGGUUUUUCAAAAUUACCUUUAGCUGUAAACUUGUAUACUAUCUGGAGAGCUAAAUGUCUCAAUUCUUGCUAACGAGGAUUAGUGCAUUCAAAAUAUUUAAUUAGAUCUGCUAACAGGAAACUCCUCCCAAAUCUUGGAAUUGAAGUUUAGGCUGCAUAUUUGCAAAGAUGAGAUCUUCACGACGGGAGGCAUAUGGACCUGAAUUUUUGACGUAAAACAUAAAAUUGACCAGGCUUAGUCAAGUUAUCAUAGUUUUCUGAACAGUAGACUUUCCAGAAAAUCUUGUUUAAAUGUUUCAUCUCGACUUAUUCUUUCGUCGGGGAAUUAAUGGGCCUUAAUUGUUAUUUAAAAUAAUUUUUGGCAGUCCAUGCUCCCAAAAUUCGUCAAACUAUGCCAAUACCUAUAAUUUUCCAUACUCUUGUCUAUUUUGCACGCAUAGCAAAGGUCCCUCCUCGUAGAAUGUUACUCAUUAAGAAUGUAUUCUCGCACUUCUCUUCCCAGAAUUGAAGCUACAUCGAAAAAUUAAAUUUCAAAUCAAAAUUAGAUGGAUAGUACUUACUUUUUAACACUUCACCUUAAGUAAAUAAGUCGCAAAUGAAAGUUUAAAAGCGCGUUUGCAAAUGACCGAAAUGAUUUGUCUCUUUAUAGGUAAACUAAAAUUGUAUCUUGAAUUGUCCUCUCCUUAACUUUCUUUUAAAUAAUACUGUGAAUAUUUCAGACGAAAAUAUUGACUUGUUUAUUAUUUAAAAAAAAGAAGAAGACACACUGAGACGCAUACAUUUUGUGACCAUGAAAUUUUAAAUGGUCAAUGUUGCAAAAUGCAAUGGUGAUACGUGUUUUUGUACUUCAAGCCGGUGCAAGUUAACGGACACGAUUUUGAGGAAUCAUUCAGGUCUUUGAAGAGGUUUUUAGAAACAGAUCUCCAAUGUAGUUACGAUACUAAGUGAAAUAAAAUGCACGGAUAGACUUGAACCAUUGCAAUUUUCAUCACUGACUAAAACGGUUUGCACAUCAGAAUAUUAAUAAUUGUACAUAAUUUUAUUACUUCGAUGCUUAUUUUUGGAGCAGCUACAUUCGGUCAGCACUUGUGUCUUUAAUUACGUGCCUCCCCUGUUUACCGAUAAAAAUUAUUUACAUAUCCAGUAUUUAUUGCUUAAUUUUGUAAAUAAAUAAAACAAUAUCCUGUUUAUUUUA